UCCCAAGUUAUGCUUCCAGAAAUUCAGAUUAUGAUUGAUGAUAGUCUGGGAUUCACUAUUUAUGUAUUUGGAUGGCUUCUACCUGAAGACCAUGAACUGUACACUACAAACUUGAGAUCAGUUACUAACAUUACUGUGUCUGACCUUGUAAAGAGUAUCGGCACAUUGUCUAUUUGUCCUGAGGUGAAACCAUUUGAAUUGUCAAGCAGUAUCCUGCAUCAUGUAAUUGCAAAGUCUGUUGAUCCUUUGCUCAAUGAUGAUGAUGAUGGUAGUUCAUUUCCACAUCAAGAAUAUUGGAGAACUCGUGGUUGUGCAGUUUUGUUUGAUAAUGGCAAACAGUGUUGUAGUUGUCAUCAUUAUUCACAUAAAUCUGAACUCAGUCACAUGGCAAAGCAAAAGAAACUAGCUGAGCCAGCGCAUCUAUUUUCACCUGUCUCACAGACCACACCAGAGCGAAUUAAGCUAACACUGCAGAUGCAAAGGUUUAAAUGUGCUGAACUUGAGCAAAAACUCGAGGAAAUGAAGCUUGAAAUACAGAAAUCCAGUGUUGAAGUUGACCACCAGUUGAGCCAGGAUAUUACCAGCAUUCUUGGUAAAUCAGACAUGAACAUAACGCCGUUUAUGGAUCUAUUUUGGCAGCAGCAAAAAAAGCUGUUGACCAGAAGCUCAACAGGUGUACGGUACCAUCCCAUGGUCAUACCCUACUGUUUAUCUCUUGCUACAAAAUCACCAGCCUGCUAUGAAGAAUUGCGCAAGA